AUGGUUUUGUAUCAUUCUGAAAUGAUGAAUCGAUCUGAAGCACAUGGUGAACGGCCAACCUUGGGUUACAAACGUGAUACGAAAUUGAGGAUUUUCGUAAACAGAAGUCUCCGUCUCGAUUCAAUCAGAUUUUUUGGUUUCGACAUGGACUACACUCUUGCUCAAUACAAGUCUCCCUACUACGAGGAACUUGCCUUUCAAAUUUUGCGUGAUCGUUUGGUUGGGAUUGGCUAUCCACAGGAGCUUGCUUCUUUUAACUAUGAGCCUUCUUUUCCAGUCCGUGGACUUUGGUUCGAUACAUUAUACGGGACCCUACUAAAAUUGGACCAGUUUGGAAACGUUUUGGUUUGUCUUCGAGGUUUCAACGUCAUUCCACCGAGUGAGAUUGUUACGAUGUAUCCAAACAAGUUUUUGAAGUAUGACGAGUCGAGGAUUAUUAUAAUGAACACGCUCUUCGAUCUGCCGAAACUCUAUCUUCUCUCCUGCGUAAUUCACAUGUUUCACAACGAUCCCAAGUAUACGAAACUGGAGCAUGGAGUAAAACUCGCUUCCAUCUACAUGUCUUACCAUUCCAUCUACGAUGACGUAGACACUGUGGUUAAUUGGAUGCAUCAGGGAGAACUGAAGAAAAAGACUAUGAAAAAUUUAGAUAAAUACGUGGAGAAAAAUCGGGAUUUACCCCUUCUGUUAGAAAAGUUACGUAGCAGAGGCGGAAAGGUUUUCCUCCUUACCAACAGCGAUUUUGCAUACUCCCAGGCGAUAAUGAAGUACCUCCUUGAGGAGCCGUGUGAAGCGGGUGAAGUGCGCCCGUGGACGUCUUACUUCGAUUUCAUUCUCACCGACGCUCGGAAGCCUCUCUUCUUCGAUGAGGGCACCAUUCUCAGAGCUGUGGAUGAGGAAACCGGGCGUCUCUCGAUCGGGCAUCACAUUGGACCGUUGCAAUCGGGAAAGAUCUACUCGGGAGGCUCAUGCGAAGUGUUCACGCAGUUGAUUGGCGCUCGAGGCAAAGAUGUUCUCUACACCGGGGACCACCUUUUUGGUGAUAUUCUGCGAUCCAAGAAGAAGGUUGGCUGGCGCACAUUCCUCGUCAUUCCAGAGCUGACCAACGAGAUCUACGUGUGGAAGAAGAAAAAGGAGCUCUUCGACCGUCUGCAAUACCUCGACAAUAAACUGGCUGACACCUACAAGGACAUGAAUAUUGAGACUUGUGAGCAGCCAGAUGUGGACAAUUUGCGAAGGGAGAUUCGAGCAGUUGCACAAGAGAUGGAACGCUCCUACGGCUUGCUGGGAAGCAUCUUUCGAAGUGGCUCCCGGCACACCUUCUUCUCAUCGCAGGCAAUGCGUUAUGCCGACAUCUACUCCUUCAGCUGUUUCAACCUCCUUCACUAUCCACUAUGCUACAUGUUCCGCGCGCCCACAAUGCUGAUGCCCCACGAGUCCACCGUCCCGCAUUCCGAUUCACCCAUCGGCUCAUUCGCUGAUCUUGAUGAGACGCCUUGUGGGCUUAGAAGACGCUCCUACGCAAUUCCCCCAACCGGUUCCGCGUUCGUUCGUCCCGAGGAGUCGUUGAAGUCGAAGGGUAUUGUGAACAGCAAUCUUGUGGAGGCGGAGAAAGAGGGUGCCGAACCUCUGGUCGAUACCGCCGAGGAAUUUCACCAUUGUUUCGCCGUGAUACUCACUCCGACACCUCGUCAACGUCGAUCUUCCACAAUAGGCUGCUCCGAUUUUCUAGAUGUGCUGCUGACGACAACUGAUUUCGUGGGCAUCUGCCUCACCGAUUCCCCCAGCAUUUUGUGCCUACCUCGUGGGCUCUGUCGGCGCUCUAGUAACGUAAUGCUUUCCCUCCCCAUCCGCUCUUGA